GUGUCCCUGGAAGGACAUUCAACACACUCACAGUCCCGCCUACUUGUUGGUUUCGUGCGCAAAGACAGUCCAUGUGUGGGGGAUGGGUGAGAUUUCUGCACGUCGUAUAACGAUUGGUCAACGGGAAGAUUCGAAGUAGCAACGCUAACUCUGAUUGGUUGGCCCGUAUCCCACGAGGGGUCGCAUGCAAAAGAUUUGCGAAAGGGUUUAUUGUUUCUUUGCUUUCUGGUGCUGGAAUUGUGUGCUAUCCACUCAGUUCUACAAUCAAAUAACGAGACGGAAAAUGGCAGGUGGAAAAGCAGGAAAAGACAGCGGGAAAGCCAAGGCAAAGGCGGUGUCUCGCUCCCAGAGGGCUGGGCUGCAGUUCCCAGUGGGUCGUAUCCACAGACACUUGAAGACCCGCACAACCAGCCACGGUCGUGUUGGAGCCACAGCAGCUGUUUACAGUGCCGCCAUCCUCGAGUACCUCACCGCCGAAGUACUAGAGUUGGCAGGAAAUGCCUCUAAAGACUUGAAGGUGAAGCGUAUCACCCCCCGUCACUUGCAACUGGCAAUCCGUGGUGAUGAAGAGUUGGACUCCCUUAUCAAAGCAACAAUUGCUGGAGGAGGUGUCAUCCCCCACAUCCACAAAUCCCUCAUCGGGAAGAAGGGCCAGCAGAAAACUGCAUAGACGCCACGUUGACCAGGAAUUUCGGGGCUUGGAAUUUGUUCGGACCAGGAGUUCACAUUUGUUCUUUUUUAUUAUUAUUAUUAUAGAAAACGAAGAGUGAUUGUUAGACUUUGUGUUGUUCUAUUUUCCCCGUAAUUAGCAAAAAAGAAAAUCCUCUAACAGCCGAAAACCCUUUUUGUGUCAUUGUAUAUCGUUUGACUGGGAAGUUCAUUAUUAUUGGAAUGAUGACCGUGAAUUUGUUUGAUUGGCUUGGGAAUAUGUGAUGUUUUAUACUGAAAACAAAUUGUUAAAACCAUUUUUUAUAUAAACAUAUCUUGUUUUGUGUUUUCUUGAAAUUACAAUAUUUACUAUAACAAGUUUUUACUGAGAAAAUGUUUUUGGACAUUUGACUAAAAGCAGCUAAAUGUGAGAAGUUUGUUCCUUUUACUGUAAUAUUUUGAACUGCACAAGAAAAGUUAAGUCAAGUUAGAUUUUUUUUACAUCCAAAUAUCCAAAUGAACGCGUACUGUACCAACCGUGUGUUGUGUGAAUGUUUACAGCAUUUUAGAGCAAGUCGUUGAACUUGAAGCUGCACCCUGACAGCUGUGAGCCUCGGCUGCCGUGAUCACUAAAAGUUGAUCUUGCAGUAUUUUUCCUCGCCGUGCAACAAACAUCCUGCCUUUUCUCAGCUACGUUUGACUUCAGAGGUGCAGCCGGCAGCCAAAAAUAUCAGGCAAGGAUCUGGAUCGCAUCAGAACUUUAAACAUUUACCUGCAAACGUCUGCAGGCUGAUAUUGUCCUCACCGUGUUCUUCACAUUUUUUACAAGUUGAAGCCUUUUUCUAAAACGUGCAUGUUUGGGGUAAUGACUGCAUAUUUUAUCUUUUAAUAAAUACCCUUGACCUGUU